AUGCGUUUACGAUUUUCAACUUUCGCGAUUGAUGUAAUCCUAAUUGUAUACCGCAAUUUUGGGAGGUUCGGUUCCAGGUUUUAUUCUUGUUCAAUUCCACAUUAUCCAAGAAAAAAACUGUGUAAGUGUAACUUUCCUUGGCUGACAGCAUCACAAAUUUGCUCUACAUGACAGCGAAAACCUGUCAUGCGUGGCUUGUAAGGGAAAACACACAUCAAAAGAGGACUUCGUGGCUGUCUGGCAUGACAGGUGUAGCUCUGUUGCAUGUUCUGCAUUACAAAGUUACACUUGCACAGUUUUUUUCUUGCAUACACAUUGGUCUAUCGACAAAGUUUUCGACGUCGACCUCGGGAAAUUCCUCUUCAAAAGAGAAGAGGAGAAUUCAAGAAGUUCUUGUACCAAUCAAGAACAUGAUGCUGGAUAAUUACUAUAGGCGGAGUCGUGGCAUGGUUUUAUCGCUCCUGCCCUGAAAAGACUAUUUCAAGAAAGAAAAAAGACGCGCCGACUUGUUCUCGACCUUCAUGGACAGGAAGAUAGAAGGCAAAAAGAAGAAUCUCGCGCCGUCGAAACAACAAGGCAAUUGAUAAAGAAAGUUUACUGAAGCCAG